CAUACACAAAACCAUCUCUCUCUCUCUAGUUUUCUUGAGCAGAACUCCAAGCAGCACAAAAACAAAACACUCUACACAAAUCAAAUCUCCCUCUCUCUCUCUCUCUCUGCAAAUCUCGCUCGCUCACGAUGGACGUGAUAAAAUCGCAGCAAAUAUCAUCUCGGCCGAUGGAGAAAGUGAUUGUCCAUCCCCUAGUACUCCUCAGCAUAGUCGACAACUACAAUCGCGUCGCCAAAGACACGCGCAAGCGCGUCGUCGGCGUCCUUCUCGGCUCCUCUUUCAAAGGCACCGUUGACGUCACCAAUAGCUACGCCGUGCCUUUUGAGGAAGACGACAAAGAUCCAAGCAUAUGGUUUCUUGACCAUAACUACCAUGAGGCCAUGUUCUCCAUGUUCAAGAGAAUUAAUGCAAAGGAGCAUGUUGUCGGAUGGUAUAGUACUGGCCCAAAGUUGCGAGAGAAUGACCUUGAUGUUCAUGCUUUAUUCAAUGACUAUGUUCCAAAUCCUGUGUUGGUUAUCAUAGAUGUCCAACCUAAGGAGUUGGGGAUACCUACAAAAGCUUACUAUGCUGUUGAAGAGGUUAAAGAGAAUGCCACCCAAAAGAGCCAGAAGAUCUUUGUACAUGUGCCUUCGGAGAUUGCUGCUCACGAAGUGGAGGAAAUUGGAGUGGAGCACUUGCUGAGGGAUGUGAAAGAUACAACCAUAAGUACCCUUGCAACAGAGGUAACUGGGAAGCUUGCAGCCUUGAAGGGAUUGGACGCACGGCUACGAGAGAUACGGGGUUACCUUGAUCUCGUUGUUGAUGGGAAACUUCCUUUAAAUCAUGAGAUUUUGUACCACUUGCAGGAUGUAUUCAACCUGCUCCCAAAUCUGAAUGUGGCAGAUUUGAUCAAGGCAUUUGCAGUUAAAACUAAUGAUCAGAUGCUGGUAAUUUACCUUUCAUCUCUGAUCCGAAGUGUGAUAGCGCUCCACAACCUGAUCAAUAACAAGAUGCUAAAUAAGGAGCAUGAGAAAGCCGAGGAUGUGAAGCCUACCCCAGUAGCUGUAGCACCUGUUGCAGGAAGCUGAGUUCCCAUGUGUUGCCAUUUACAUCUUUAGAUGUGAUUGUGUUGUGGUUUCUUAUCGAAAAGAGGAGAUUUUUUCAUUGUGUAGUCCAAGAUGGAAAAAUGUCUUUAGUUUAGAAUUCUUCUAAAUAGUUUAUGUUCUUCAAUUUCCUGACUUGCAUUGUCAUCAAUUAUAUUGUACAACAUGGAUUAAUCAAAUCCUAUUUUGUGUCA